AACACAAGAAGCAUUUAGCUCAAAUGCACGCGCUCGCAGCCGAGGGUUGGUGGCCAAAACUGCUUCGGGUGACAUCGUUUCAGCAUACUCACCACAGCCAAAUGCUGAAGUGAGAUAUCCACAAAUCGUUCAAAGCAUCCUCGGCAUGUUGACAUCCUGUCGUGCGGCCAAUGCUUGCACUCGUCUUUUCUUGCCGAUUGCGUGCUUUUGGUUGGAGGAUUCAGUUGUAUUUUUGCUCUCUAUGUAAGCGAACGUGUAUGCCGUGCGUGGACGUGUGGUAAAACGGCUUUGGUUUUUGCUGGUCGAUGACUGUUUGCGGUUAAUUAACAGUAUUUGUAGUAAUCGCACGGAAAUUUUUGCGAUUCGAUCGGAAUUCUUUUUUUUUGGAAAUUAUACACAAUGUCUUCGUGUGCAAUUUGAAUGUUGUGAAACUAUGCGAAUUUUAAGUGAUUUAAAAUAGUGAAAUGGCUAAGAAAUAGUUUAAAUAUCGAAAUGUUAUGCUUUCAUGGAAAAACAGGAAUUUAAAUAUUACUCUUUUGCAUUUAUGCAUGGACAUAUCAACAAAAAAGCAAUCUAAUUUUGGAAUAACCACAAACAGUAAACGGUAGAUGAAAUAUUCAAACCAACAACAACAAGAACUAAAAAACUCAUCAAACAGUGCGCAUAAAUUCGAAAAUCUCCAAAACUAUGCCAUCUAAAUCAAUAAGACCAGCGGCGUUAUAGCAAUCCACAAAAGCUGCCAAAGUAUUUGAAGCGUAAAGACUUAAAAUUUUAGAUAAUCAUAACGUAAUUUAGAAAAUGCAGCUUACUUAUUUACUGAAUUGGUCAAUAUGCUGCACCUUUCUGUGUCUGCUGACAGUGGAUUUCGUAACGUCACUGCGCGAUGUACGCGUCAAGAUUCCACAUGCCGCGCGACGCGGUGAGAAGGUGACACUUAAGUGUCUCUACGAUCUAGAGGGCGACAGUCUGUACUCGGUUAAAUGGUACAAAGGACGGCGCGAGUUCUACAGUUUCACGCCGAAAGAAACGCCAGCAAUUAAAGUCUAUCAGAUCACAGGCGUGCGGGUAGAGCGUUCGGCAUCCAAUGAGAGCCAAUUGGUUUUGGACUCCGUUACUGUCUCCACCACUGGCAAGUACAGUUGUGAAGUGUCCGCAGAUGCGCCAUCCUUUCACACGGAGAUCUCGGCCGGUGAACUGGAAGUGGUUGAAGUACCGGGAAAGGAUCCUAUUAUAACUGGCAUAAAAUCACGCUAUCGCGUUGGCGACAUAGUACGUGGCAAUUGUACGUCUCGGCACUCUAAGCCAGCGGCAAAUCUAACAUGGACGAUAAAUGGACGAGAGACCAAUCCCUCCCAUAUACGCCACCACAAACCCAUGCGAGAGGCGCGCGAACUGGAAACAGCCGUUUCAGGGAUACACUUCGUGAUCACACCCCAACACUUCAGCGCAGGAAAAUUAAAGAUACGCUGUACUGCACACAUACACGAUGUCUACUGGAAAUCGACGGAGAAAUCGAUUGAGGAGGAGCGUCACAAACAUAAUAUGAACUCGGUCAAUACCUUUUCAGAUGAUUACUUUGACUCGGAGGAUGAUCAGUUGAUAGAUCGUUCUGACACUUACACGACGCACAUAAAAGGUGCUGUCUCAUCCUUGAAUGCCAAUGGCGCAACACAACAACAUUGUCAUUGCCUGUCAUGGCUGGUGCGUUGGACGGCACUGGUGCUGGCGGCCUGGCAUGCCAUGCGAUAUAUUCACCAAUUAUGCCGGCAAUUGUUUGUUUGGCGUGAAACAAUGGCGUCAAAAGGAACAACAAUACAAGCAAUCAGUACAACAACAACAACCAUAGUGCAUAAUGAAACCUUCACGCGAGCCAAAGGGCAACUAUUAAGUGGGACAAGUGCUGACGAGGCAACAACUACAAAAGCUGCUGUAAUGACAACACAAGCGGCAACAGCAGCAACAACAACAGUUGCAACAACAGCGCUGGCAGAAAUGACUGUUUGCCGCAACUGGGCAGUCGCCGACGAGCAAACAAAAUAUCGAACGCGAAAUGAAACGACGAAUUCACAAUUAAUAGAGAGAAUAAGCGUGCAGCAACAAUUACAUCACCAGCAACAGCGGCAGCGGCAACACAUAGUUGGGUUUGAAAAAAGGCCAGCAACACACAGACAACAACAGCAAGCACUACAACUACAAAAGCACUCGCCGAAAGGGGCGACAACAUUGCCAACAAUGCGAAUAGCAAUUAAAGCGAAAACAGCUAAAACAACAACAAGUGCUACAGUUCCAACAAAAAUGCUGCUCGCAGAGGCAACGGCGACAGCAACAUGAUUUCAUCGCCUAUAUUUUGUAGAUAAACCAGAAAUGUGAACUCGUAAAGAAAAGCGCACAGAGAAGUGGACGCUGAAAGUACGUCGAACUUCAUUGAAAUACAAAAUUACUCCCUUUGGCAUUAUUGAUGAGUUCUUCAAGCAUUUUCCCCCGAGAUAAUUAAACACUUCAUUUGGAUGUAUUUGAGAUAUUCAUUUUUCAAAAAUUCCAAAAUUCAAAUUUGUGUUUCCCACAUGAAAACCAAAAAAGCCAUAAGCCAUUUAAUGUAAGCCCACAGCACUUUGUGUGCAAGCAAUUAAUAUACUCGUACAUCCAAACUAUCAUACAACAGCAGUGUGAUAUGCAACAUGUUUUACAUUAGUUACGCAUUGAUAUGUGAAUUAUAUGCUUACGUAAGUGUAAAGUGAAAAAGUUCUAUAUAAAUGCAAUAUUUACCCAACCACUUAUAUUAUAUUUACUCAUGUACUCAUAGAUACAAACGUACUUAUUGUUGUACUUUCAAUUAUGUACUCGUGCAAACUAAUAAUUUUUCAAUGUAAUUGAAACUGUUAAUUUGAUUUUGUUGUGAAAUUUCAAUCCAAACAACAAUUUUAAACGCUUAAUUUGUCGACUUAAGUGCUUGCAUUCUUUUCUAGUGAAAAUUUUCUAGUGAAAAUUUCAUUGCAAAAAUACCCACAACUAAAUUGUAUGUCAAUAAGUACCGUUUUGAACAUGUAUUGAUUACUAAAAUUACUUUGAUAUUUUGUGAAAUAUUUAUUAUUAAGGUAAGUGCUUAAGCUCGUGCAUAUAUGUACAUAAAAAAUAAAACAAAAAGCAACUUAAAGCUCCACAUUACAGUUACGUAUUACUUUACAGUUAUACACAAAUAUACGCCAAAUAAUCUAAAAGUAAUUUAUCUAAUUGUAUUCAAAGUGUACUAUAAAUGUGUGCAAAUGUAAGUACUUGAAAGCAAAUUAAGAAGGAGCGAAGGCAAGAAGAGAAUUAAGUGAAAAUAUGUCUAGAUAUAGAAAGAGAUUCUACAUUCAUCUCGCCAUUACUUUCAUUUUAUUUCAAAUACAUUCGAUUACUACAUUACUGACUUGAUAAAUCUUCUGAACUGAGGGUUUAGAGAGAGCCUUGAAAGAGAUUCUACAUUCAUCUUACCAUUAGAUUACUACAUUACUGACUUGAUAAAUCUUCUGAAUUUAGGGUUUAGAGAGAGCCUUGAAAGAGAUUAUACAUUCAUCUCACCAUUACUUUCAUUUUAUUUCAAAGACCUUAGAUUACUACAUUACUGACUUGAUAAAUCUUCUGAACUGAGGGUUUAGAGAGAGCCUUGAAAGAGAUUAUACAUUCAUCUCACCAUUACUUUCAUUUUAUUUCAAAUACAUUCGAUUACUACAUUACUGAUUUGAUAAAUCUUCUGAACUGAGGGUUUAGAGAGAGUAUAAAAGCUAAGCCUUGGAAUAUCUCAAAAUUAAUCAAUAGAUCAUGAUAAAUCUCUGGACUAUCAUAAAAUUAUCAGAAAACCUAAACCUUGCAUUUUACUACCAAAAACUCCCAGUUACAUUUACCCUUAUUUCAUUUCAAAGUCUUACUUUAUGAUUAAUCCUUUCACAAUAUAAGGUAAAAAAUAAAACUGAUCUCUCUAGUUACUAUUUUUUUUUUUUUGGAAAACUCAAGUGUGUAAGUAUAAAAUAUAAAAAAAAUAUUAAUAUUUAUAUAUGUAUAGGUAAGUGAAGAUACGUACUUUGUUAAACAACCCUAAGCAGGUUUCCCUUAUAAAAAGACGAAUAGAGUGUUAGACAACCGAAACAAAAGGAAUAAUUUGUAAGCCAAAGAGGAAAUCAAAAUAAAAACUGAAAAACACAACAAAAACAAAAAUAAAUUUAAUUAGUACUAUAUAUAUAUAUAGAAAAUAUUUAUUUUGUAAGUUCUGAAGGCUGCAAGUUCAAUGUAAAAAAGCAUUAAUAUAAAAGUAGAUGAUAAUGGAUAUUAAAAAAAAAUUAUAUUCAAUAAAGUAGAGUUAAUUGUAGAACACUUUGUGCUGCAAAUGUUGUGAAAAUUUCUUGUGCAUUUAUAAGCAUUAAUGCAAAGUAUCGCAAUACGGUGAAGCAUAUGACUUAAUCUAUAGGUAAUAUAUACAAAUUAUAUACAAAAAAUAAAAUAAAUUAUAAAUAAACAAAAGAGAAAAAAUAGAGAUAUUCUCAGUAGCAGAAUGAUUGUAAGAUCGAGCAUAGAAUCCAGAGAACUACUUGCACCCAAAACUUUAACCUUAAAACUAAGCUUUUCUGCCUUUCCGAUGAUGAGCGUGUUAUUUCCACGAUUUAUUAUAUUUUUUAGCAUUUAAAAAUGUACAUUCAAAUUAGCUAAAUCAAAGCACUGUAAAUUAUCAAAGCAAAACUCGCAUAUUCUUAGCAAGUAAGACGCGCACACAAUUUUCGGUUAUUUUCUAAGUAGUUAGUAGCAAGAAAUUAGCGUUUCCUUUGUAAAGAGCACGUAGCUACGAGUAUGCCGACAAAGCAGAGGCUCAGCGAUAAAAUAUAUAGGAAAUAAAAAAAUACAGAGUAAACUUGUAAAGUAAUGUAAAAUUAUAUUAAAUACUUGAGAUUAAAUAAAUAAAACACUUACUUUUGUAAAAAGCAAAAACAAAAACAAAAAAAUAUAUUUAAAAAGUGCAUGCAGUCAAAUGUAUGCGUACACUGCGGUUGCACAUGAGCAAUAUGUGUAUGAUGAACUGUAUUUAAAAAAAAAUCAGAACUAUAUAUAUAUAUACAUACUGCAUAACUGUAUAAAUAUAGCAUUAGCAUUAAUGUAUUACUGCAAGCAAAUAAACUGCAAAUAUGUAUUUAUGGGAAUAAUAUUUAUGUAUAUGAAAGCAAAUGUUAAUCCAUUAGCCUCCCGCAGCAACACUUAAUAAAAUUACGAAAAGCGUUAAACCAAAGAGUAAACUGUGUGUGUGUUUUUCCAUUAAAAACCAAUUUUUUCCCACUCAUUCGUGCAACACAAAUAUAUAAUCAUAUUUUCGACGAAUAAAUGCAAACAAAUGCUGCUCUGCAAUAACAACAAAAAAAAAAAAACUUAAAAACAAAAACACAAAUACAUACAGGCACACAAUUUUUGUGAAAACAUGUCUAUAUUAUUAAGCCAAACAUAAUUACAAUGUAUUAUACAUAUACCCACAUACACACAUACAAACAAACAUAAAGUUAUACUAACAAAUACACACACACCCACACAAGUAAAGUUGUGAAAACACUAUAGCAAAAAUAUAUUAACAAAACUACAGAAGCUGAAAAAAUAGCGCAUAACUAAUUGCGGCGACUGUGUGCGUUGCAAACGUGCCAUAUGAGGGAAUUUGUUGCUUUAUGAAAUGCAAAUAUUUCAGUUAUAAUUAAAUUAAGUGCUGAAAAAACUUAUAAAUAUUUACAAAUAGCUCCCCGGACACAAAAAUUUACACCACAUAAUUAUGAUUUAUCCAUAAAUAAUUAACUUGUUUCGCCGAGUUACGCAGACCCCCCGAGAAAAAAGCAUUUAAACAUUUACGUUUGCAUUGAAAAAAUGAAACAAAAACAAAUUAUAACGGAAAAAUUCAAAUGAAAUUUUAGUAAGCAGCGUUUUCGCGGUAAAAAUUUAUUUAAACAAAAUAUUAAUUGCUAAGAUGUAUAAAAAAUGUCUAUGGAAUACAGCCAAAAUGGAAGCAAAUCGAUGCAUGAAUAAAGAACUUAUAAA